ACUAGAUGAACAAUUGUUCAAGAUGACAGGGACAGGGACAGGGACUGGGGACAGAACUUAUUUAAAUGCCGAUGUCUGCUCGCAGAACGAAUCACUCUGAUUGCUGUCGCUGUUGGAUUUACACGUCUGCUCUCCCCGUACCGUACCGAAUUAAAUCAGAAUGUGUGACGAAGAAGCAUCAGCCCUGGUGGUCGACAAUGGCUCCGGCAUGUGCAAGGCUGGAUUCGCUGGAGACGACGCACCCCGUGCCGUGUUCCCCUCGAUCGUGGGUCGCCCCAGGCAUCAGGGUGUGAUGGUGGGCAUGGGCCAGAAGGAUUGCUACGUCGGCGACGAGGCCCAGAGCAAGCGCGGUAUCCUCUCCCUGAAGUACCCCAUCGAGCACGGCAUCAUCACCAACUGGGACGACAUGGAGAAGGUCUGGCAUCACACCUUCUACAACGAGCUGCGUGUGGCUCCCGAGGAGCACCCAGUCCUGCUGACUGAGGCCCCCUUGAACCCCAAGGCUAACCGCGAGAAAAUGACCCAGAUCAUGUUUGAGACCUUCAACUCCCCCGCCAUGUAUGUGGCCAUCCAGGCCGUGCUCUCCCUGUACGCCUCCGGCCGUACCACUGGUAUCGUCUUGGAUUCCGGUGAUGGUGUCUCUCACACCGUCCCCAUCUAUGAAGGUUACGCCCUGCCCCAUGCCAUCCUCCGUCUGGAUCUGGCUGGUCGCGACUUGACCGACUACCUGAUGAAGAUCCUCACGGAGCGCGGCUACUCGUUCACCACCACCGCUGAGCGUGAGAUCGUUCGCGACAUUAAGGAGAAGCUGUGCUACGUCGCCCUGGACUUCGAGCAGGAAAUGGCCACAGCAGCUGCCUCCACUUCCCUGGAGAAGUCCUAUGAGCUUCCCGAUGGCCAGGUCAUCACCAUUGGCAACGAGCGCUUCCGCACCCCAGAGGCCCUCUUCCAGCCUUCGUUCCUGGGAAUGGAGUCGUGCGGCAUCCACGAGACCGUUUACCAGUCCAUCAUGAAGUGCGACGUGGACAUCCGCAAGGAUCUGUAUGCCAACAAUGUGCUGUCGGGUGGUACCACCAUGUAUCCAGGUAUCGCUGAUCGUAUGCAGAAGGAGAUCACCGCCCUGGCUCCAUCGACCAUCAAGAUCAAGAUCAUUGCACCACCAGAGCGUAAAUACUCCGUAUGGAUCGGUGGCUCCAUCCUGGCCUCGCUGUCCACCUUCCAGCAGAUGUGGAUCUCGAAGCAGGAGUACGACGAGUCCGGCCCUGGAAUCGUUCACCGCAAGUGCUUCUAAGCACCACCCACCGCUGCUGUCCAGAAAUCGCGGCAGCCCCACAACCCACCCAACAUCUCUGCGGGUUUUUGUGUCUAUUAUUUGUCUCUUGCAUCAGACAUAUGCCUAGGCACUGGGGCAGGGCAAAACUAGCCAGAAGGCGAUUCGAUGAGAAAGUAUCUUUAAAAUUACAUUUAGUUGAUGAAGAAGUUGUUAACAUAGAGAGAAAUGAGAACAGAACAUAGAAACCACAAAGAGAACAAGAGAACACGAGCAGGCGGCAACGCCUUCUUUUUUUUUAAUAUCUUUGCUAUUUUUAUUUGAUUUGUCUCGGAAUUUUCUUAUUUGCUUUUAAGUUGCGGGAGCUGUAGAAAGAAUGAAGGAAAGUGCCAUCCGAAUCGGUUGUAUCGACAAUAAAAACCAAUAACCUACAUGAA